AUGGAAGCCCUCACACGCACUGUGUCCGACUUGUGCAGCCAGUUCUACCAACGCAUGGCUGAAUUCGAGCAGGAGUUGAAGAGAACCCCAGAUGCAGCCACUGGACUGUCGGCAGACUUUGCUGCUUUUCGCCAGUUUAUCAUCCAAGCACUGAGCACACUUCAGGAGCAAAUGAAGGUAAUGGCACUUUCUAUCGAUGGGAUUGAAAUGCGCAGCCGUCAUAAAAUACUGCUUAUGCAUGGGGUGCCUGAAUCUGAGACGAAUGCUGAGGAUACUGCUCCAGUGGUGGUCAAAGUAGUCAAAGACCACCUCAAUAUUGACAUCACACCAGCUGACAUCAAGCGGUGCCGCAGAAUGGGACGUUCUUCGCACAAACCCCGACCUAUCCUGUUCAAACUUAAAGAUGUGGCUCUCCGAAAUAGAGUGUGGCUUGCCAAAACAAAGUUGAAAGGUUCGGGUAUCACUCUCUCCGAAUUUUUAACAAAAAGUCGACAUAAAGUCUUUAUGGCAGCUAGGGAUAAGUUCGGUGUGAGUCAGUGCUGGACGAAGGAGGGCGUUGUGUUUGUCCUGGACUCAAAGGGAUCCCGACACCGUGUUACGACUAUGGAGGACCUUGGUAAGGUCGAAUCGCAGCCUGGUGGUAAACAGCAGCAGUCAUCAGGACCAUCGGAGCGGGUUGUUGUUGUUGCACAACCCGUGACUGCCUCAGCCACUAGAACGGUCACUUCCAAGGCAUCCAAACGUGCAGCGGCUCGCAAGUAA